AUGCGGGGCCUGUUUAACUCCGGCCAUGGGAUGAUGUUUGACAACUCGUUGGAGUUUGAGAAGCGCGGAAAUAUUCCAGUCAAGUACAGAAGGGAGUUGUGGGACAAUUCUCACCUAUCAGCGAUGAAGAAGGUGGAAGAGAUCAAACAGAAACGACAGGCAAAGUUUAUCAUGAAAUGGCUGAAGAAGGGCAAACAGUUGGAGAAGGAAGAGGCCAUAAGCAAAGUGAAGAAGAAUAUUCACCUCAUCAAAGCACCUCAUGCAGGCCAAGCCAAACAGCUGGAAGAGAAGAUGUGGAAAUGGAUCUACACAACCUACUCAACCUACUCCACGUUUUCAACGUGGGAAAAAAAGUUGUAG